AUGUCAGGCUUUGGCGACUUCACCAACAUCUGCCACAUGGCGCCUCUGCCACUGUGUGCAUCCAUCGGUCCCAUCACGGAGGUUACCAGCGGUGUUGGUAUCGAGCCGGACUGCUAUGCCCGCAAUAUCGAGCUGGCAAACACCAUCAUUUUUGAAGGUGCCGCCAGCGCCAUGCACAUCGUCGCCCUCCUCAUGACCGUCGUCAUGAUCUUGCACAUCCGCGGCAAAUUCACGGCUGUUGGUCGCAAGGAAAUCCUCAUGUUCUUUUACAUUUACAUGCUCCUCAGUUUUAUCUCCCUUUGCGUUGAUGCAGGUGUCGUUCCUCCGGGCUCGGCCCCGUACCCGUACUUCGUAUCGGUGCAGAACGGCUUGACGUCGGCCUUGAUCACUUGCUUGUUGAUCAACGGUUUCGUCGGAUUUCAGUUGUACGAAGACGGCACCCUUCUUUCCGUCUGGCUGUUGCGCGUUUGUUCUCUGGCGGCUUUUGCGAUAUGCUUCUUGGUUUCGCUUGCUACCUUCAAGUCGUGGGUUGGUCUGGGACCCACCAACACCAUCGGUCUCUUCGUCGUCCUGUACUUGCUGAACGCCAUUGAGCUUUUCGUCUACGUCGCACUCCAGAUCCUCCUUGUCGUCAGGACUUUGCAGGACCGCUGGCCUCUGGGCGACAUCGCCUUUGGCGUCUUCUUCUUCGUCGUGGGCCAGGUCAUUCUGUACGCCGUCAGCACGCAGAUCUGCACCGCCGUCAGCCAUUACCUCGAUGGCCUCUUCUUCGCCACAAUCUGCAACCUUUUGGGCGUCAUGAUGGUGUACAAGUACUGGGACUCCAUCACCCGCGAGGACCUCGAGUUCUCCGUCGGGACAAGGAUGAACAAUUGGGAGGUUAAGGAGCUGUUGCCCGAGGAGGACCGCCGAGCCACCGUGUACGCCGACGACCCCUAUGGCCAGGCCAGCGGCUACGACCACUCGUACUCUCCAUCGCCGGCGCCGGCGCGCUACUCUGCCCGGUACUGA